AUGAAACUUUUCAUGAAACUCCUUCCGAAGGAGCUGAGGAUGGACUGGAUUCUGACACAAAGGAUGCCUGUGGUGGCAACUGCUGUUACUGAGCGCCUACUGUGUGUUGAGUCCCACACUAAGCAUUUCACAUGCACUGCUCAUGUGCCUUCUCAACAGGCCUGCAUCUUUUGGUGCUGUUUCUCUGAUGCUGAGAGGGACCAGGUGUGGGGGAUGAAGGGAACAGGGGGACUAGUGCUGAGAGGUGGGUCAGGUGUUGACCUCUCUGUGGCAGCUACUGAUGGGGCAAUUAAUUGCCGGUUGAGACUUAUGAAAUGA